AUGGCUUCAAUGAUGCGUAAUGAUUCCUGUCCCUGUGCUCCUGAUGAAUUACAACAACUGUUUACCGUUCCUGACACUCAAACAGCCGUUACCAAAGUAACCAAAGUCCGCAAAUAUCCACUGACCAGCGAUUUGAACCAUGAUGGUCCCUUGGAAUUUUUGAUUCCUAAUUCAAGUACAGAUUUCAUCGACUUGGCCAACAUUAGUUUGUACCUGAAGUUGAAAGUAGUCAAAGAGGAUGGGACGAAUGUCGGUGCGAAUAAAAAAGUCGGACCCGUCAACAAUUUCUUUCACUCUUUGUUUAAAGAUGUGAAAAUGCGCCUAGGAAAAGAUUCCGACACGUUGGUGACUGCAUCCUUACCCAAUUAUCCCUACAGAGCUUACUUGGAAAAUUUGCUGAGUUUUGGUCGUGGGGCCAAAAACAACCAACUCAAUCAACAAGUCAUGUGGGAGAAAGACACGGCAGGCCAAUUAGAUAGUACACAAGCCGUUCAAACUGGUGCUGGUGAUGCCAUCGUACCCGUUGUUAACCAUGGUUUGGGAGAAAGAAGAAAAAAGAUGGGUGAAAGUUCAGAGUUUGAAUUGCAGUCCCGACUACAUGUAGAUUUGUGUUUACAAGAUCGUUAUUUAAUAGAUGGUGUGGAUGUUCGCAUCCAAUUGGAAAGACAACAACCAAAAUUUUAUUUGAUGUGGAACGAAAACAACGAAGCAUACAAAGUGGAAUUGAUCAAAGCCUAUUUGGAAGUACCUUUUGUUACGCUGGCACCAUCAACCUACACACGAAUUGCUGAACAACUACAAUCGAACAACGCCAAAUAUCCACUCAAACGAGUAGUCGUCAAAGACAUCAGCAUACCCAGUCGUCGACGUUUUCACGUUUUGGAUAAUUUAUUCAUCAACGAAGUCUUGCCUAAACGUCUCAUUUUGGGUUUGGUGGAGAACGAUUCUUACGACGGCAAUUCCAUCAAGAAUCCAUUCAAGUUCCAUCAUCAUCGAUUAGAAUACAUCAAACUGAUGAAAAAUGGCGAUGUGGUGGAAGAAUAUUUCAUGGAUUUCCCAAACAAACAAGCCACAACACCAUAUUUAGAUUUGAUGAAAAGAAAUAUCAUUUUCUACAUUAUUGUAAGUAGUAAGCGAGUGAUUAUCGGUACCAGACGCUGA